CGGCAGCAGCUAGUUUGUGUCUGGUGGUCGGCGCACGACGUUCCAAGUGCCAUCAUAAUGCGGUAUUAACUAGUUACCUGGUCAAUUAAUUAAACCGAUUAAUACCGAUGGUGAUCAGCAAGGCGGCCGAGGAGGAUCGUAUUUCGUUGCAAACCGAAAAUAAAUUAAACGCCGUAAUCAUAAUAUUAUAUUAUCCAAGUUACUAUGAUUAAAGACAGACUAAAAGAAUUUCAAGCGAUAGUCGAAGAUGUGUUCCCAAGCAAUAUAAACAGAAUGGACUCAAGGUGUCAUAUCACAGGAGUGGAUAAUGUCGCUUUGGACAUCCAAGAUUCGGAGUACGGUUACAUGGAACAUUUUUUUAAACAGAUCGAACAAUGCCGUUCAAAGAUAAGACAAAUCAAAGAGCACGUAGUAUUAAUGAGGGUGUUACAUAGGAAACUAUUGCUUUUGACGAGACAAGAUGAAAGUUUGAAACGGGAAAUUGACUCAAAAACGGAAAACGUGAAAAAAAUGGGCAAACAAGUCAGCAUCACGUUAAAAGAGCUGGAGAAACAGAUCCACCAGGAAGAAGAUGAGUCGUCAACCGGCAGCGAACCAGCUAGCGCCGCACUUAGGAUCCGAAAAACUCAACAAGCCACGACGGUGCACAUGUUGGUCGAAGCCUUAGCCGAGUUCAACGCCGAGCAGAUCGACUACAAAGAAAAAUGCGAAGAACGCAUGCAAAAGGUCGUGUCCAUAGUAAAAGCCGAAAUAUCCAGCGAACAGUUUGACGAACUCGUCAGUCAGGGCAAUUACUCGGCAGUGUUCAACGGCAACAUCAUUGCCGACACGUUAGAGGCCAGGAAGACCUUGCAAGAAGUCCAGGACAGGCACUUGGAACUGUUAAAACUAGAGAAAAGCAUCCAAGAGCUCAGAGACAUGUUUGUUGAAAUGGCGCUGUUAGUUGAAAAGCAAGGCGAUAUCAUAAAUAGCAUCGAACAACAUGUUUUGAGAGCUGGAGAUGCUGCUGAAACGGCGAAAAUCGAGACUAGAAAAGCCGUUAUUUACCAAAGCAAAACUAGAAUGAAUAAGAUCAUUGUCAUGGGCAUAUGUAUCAGCGUGAUGCUGUGUAUGAUAGUGUGGAUGUAUUUGAAUUUUUUCGCAGACGAAAAUGCGUCGGAAAAUUAACGUUUUUUAUGCCUACGCGACAAAAAUAUUUUUGAGACCUUAAAUUUUGAAACUUCUGUGAUACGUGUGUGUGUGUAACUAUUAUUACAUCGACUUAAUUAUUACUUAAUAUAUGUUUAUUUAUAUAUAUAUAUAGCAAGAAGAAUAGGUAUAAUAAUAGCUGAAUGUACAAAUAUUUAUGAUACGUUUUAAUGAAUAAAAUAUUAUAUAGUAACGGAAUGUCAAUAAUUUACAAAGUGCAAGCUUCCUAAAGAGUUAUUUUUUUUACUAAGUGUUAUUUCGUUCAUGCACGGUAGCCUAUUUUACUUUUUUACUAUUU